UAUUGGUAGCUGCUUUUCUAACAGGGAGGUUCCGCUGCACUUGAUUAGAUGAGGAGCAUCUCGAAGCCGGUAUGAUGGAAGCAGAGCGAGAAAAUACGAAUGCAUGAGAUUUACAGUCCACCGUCGUUUGGAGGCACUUUCUAACUGUCGCAAAAAUGAAGAUUUGGAGCACCGAGCACAUAUUCAGCUACCCUUGGGAGACCGUGAUCAAAGCGGCUAUGAGGAAGUAUCCUAAUCCGAUGAACCCUAGUGUCGUCGGGGUGGACGUUCUUGACAGGAACUUGGACACAAAUGGACGUCUUCACAGUCAUCGGCUGCUCAGCACGGAGUGGGGGCUUCCAGCAGUCGUCAGAGCGAUUUUAGGGACAAAUCGGACCGUCACAUAUGUAAAAGAGCAUUCCAUUGUGGACCCAGAAGAGAAAAAAAUGGAGCUUUGCUCAACGAACAUAACCCUAACUAAUUUAAUAUCAGUUGAUGAAAGGCUUGUCUACAGGCCCCAUCCAGAAAAUCCAGAGGUCACUGUAUUAACCCAAGAGGCGAUCAUCACCGUGAAGGGGGUCAGUCUGAGCAGCUAUCUUGAGGGACUGAUGGCUCUAACCAUGUCAGCUAAUGCAAGAAAGGGAUGGGACGCAAUUGAAUGGAUCAUUCAAAACUCUGAAAGGGAAAAUGUCCCUUUGUGUGACUUGUGUUGAACAGAGCCCAUGAGUAAGCAGCAGCACCAGCUCUAAAACCACAUCUGGCCUGCGUGACUUUGGCCCGUCUCUCUGUGUGUUGAUGUCUGUAUUGGAAGGUAGUCAAAUUAGUGCUCCUUGAUGCACUGUUGGAUUUAAGACCUCAUAAAAUUGCACUAUUACAGACAAAACUGUAUAGAGUUUUGAAUGUCGCUACAAAACAUGUAUGCACUGCACUGACUACCUCUUAUUUUAGAUUUCUUUUAAUGCUAUAACAGGGAUCCCAGUAUCAGUCGGUUGUUAAUUCGGAAAUUAAGCACAUUAAAGUUCAGAAUAUCUGGAAAUGUAAUAUUUUUGGUGCAUCCUUAAUUUUUUUAAAGACAUGAUUAACAGGAAGUUGAUUUGGUUGUUUGCAUGGAUAGUCAUAAAGUGUAAUUAACUAAUAAAGUCUAAAUAAAACUUGUAGAAUAGAUACUAUAACUUAUGAAAAGUUAUUUUGUAAUAACAUUCUAUAUAUUCUAUAAUUUAAACAAGUUUAUGUUGCUUCUUUACACAAUGUGAACAUAUUAUCAAUUCAUUUGUAAAGGCUGUUUAUUUUAUUUAGUAGAAUGAUAUGAUUGAAUGCUUAUUUAUGGUUAUGUAAAAAAAAAUCUUAUUUCAUUAAAUUUUAUUCUUAUAAUAUUGCUGUGGUUCAGUACGAAAAGCAUGUUCGCGUUAUUAUGUGGGAAAAAUGUCACAAUACACGUUUUCCUUUUCAGUUCAGUGUAUCAUCUUUGACAAACUUGUGUUGCAUUUGUAAACUGUUUUUUAUUUAAAAUCAUUGCUUGUCAAAAUCUAAACAAAUAAUUGUUAAGGUCUUAUGGAGCCCCCUACUGGCGAUUUUUAAAAGAAAAGACAUUUUGAAAAAAUAUUAAACUGAGUUUGAAAAGCUGAAA